AGAGUGAAACAUUAGCAAACUCAAAAAUUCCAAAACACAAAAAAAAGUUAUAGCAAAACGGCAAGGGUCAAUUGUACAAACAGAUCAAAGAGAAUCCUAAUGGAGUCUGUUGUGUCUGAGCUAGAAGGCACGCUUGUGAAGGACUUGGAUGCAUUCUCCUACUUCAUGUUGGUAGCGUUUGAAGCAUCGGGAUUGAUUCGCUUCGUGUUGUUGUUAACACUAUGGCCUUUGAUUCGGUUUCUUGACAUGGUUGGCAUGGGGGACGCAGGGCUGAAGUUAAUGAUCUUCGUGGCGGUAGCAGGGGUUCCCCUGUCUGAGAUUGAAUCGGUGGCCAGGGCAGUUUUGCCUAAGUUCUACAUGGAUGAUCUUGACAUGGACGCGUGGAAGGUGUUUAGCUCCUAUGACAAGAAGGUUGUGGUCACCAAGACGCCAAGAAUAAUGGUAGAGAGGUUUGUAAAGGAGCAUUUACAUGCAGACGAGGUGGUUGGAAGUGAACUCUCCGUUAAUAGGUUUGGGCUCGCCACAGGGUUGGUCCAUGGUGACUCAAUUAAUACCAUUUCUGAAAGAGUUGCCAAGCUUUUCAAUAAUGAUGAUGCACCUACUUUGGGUAUGGCAAGGCCUAGUACUAGUACUAGUACUACAUCAACAUAUAAUUCCUUCGCCGAGCUUUGCAAGGAACAAAUGCACCCACCAUUUGUGACAAGCCAAAAGUACGAACACCAGCAUCUCCGGCCACACCCGGUGGUCUUUCACGACGGCCGCCUCGUGAAGCGGCCAACGCCGUUCACUUCCCUACUAAUCCUCUUAUGGAUGCCCUUAGGCAUUUUACUGGCCAUGAUCCGUAUCACCGUGGGCUUUGUUUUGCCGUUUUGGGCCAUUCCCCAUAUCUCAAGGCUAUUUGGUGGCAAGGUCAUUGUAAAGGGCAAAACACCACCACCUCCCUCCGGUGGAAACUCCGGCGUCCUAUUCGUGUGUACUCACCGGACUCUCAUGGACCCCGUCGUGCUCUCCUCCGUACUCCACCGCAAAAUUCCGGCAGUCACGUACUCCAUAUCCAGGUUAUCGGAGAUGCUCUCUCCGAUCCCAACGGUGAGAUUAACAAGGACACGACACGUGGAUGCAGAAAAAAUCAAAAGUGAGUUAUCCAAAGGGGAUUUGGUAGUGUGUCCUGAAGGAACAACUUGUCGUGAGCCUUUCCUUCUAAGGUUCAGUGCCCUUUUUGCUGAGUUAACUGACCGGAUAGUGCCUGUGGCCAUGAACUACAGAGUAGGGUUCUUUCAUGCAACCACUGCGAGGGGUUGGAAGGGUUUGGACCCCAUUUUCUUCUUCAUGAACCCAAGGCCAGUUUAUGAGGUUACUUUCUUGAACCAGUUGCCGGUUGAAGCGACCUGUUCGUCCGGUAAGAGCCCACACGAUGUGGCCAACUACGUGCAGAGAAUAUUGGCGGCCACGUUAGGGUUCGAGUGCACCAACUUUACUCGAAGAGAUAAGUAUAGGGUCUUGGCUGGGAACGAUGGAACUGUUGUUUCUUGUACUUCCUUCGUCGAUCGGGUAAUGAAGAUGGUGAGCACAUUCAAGCCAUUUUUACAUUAA